AUGGCCACCGCAGCUCCGUCUGAGCAGCCGGCAGGGUCCCCAAAGCCAGCUGCGCCUGUUGAGCCGAAUGAGGAGUUAGAUGUGCCAGAUUUGAAACCAUCCUUGGAAAGAGCGAUCCAGCAGUAUGCGAACUACAUGGGUGUAGACCCCAGCACUGUCACCGAGAAAGUUUUGGAGGAAACGGAGGAGGGGGUGGAGGGCUGGGCUACUUAUGGCCAGGAUGCACGGGCACGUGGCCCCAUGGGAAACGCCAUGUACCGUCAGAUGAAAAAACCAUCUGGCGCAGCUGCUGCUGAGACAUACAAGUGGUUGUCUGAAGACUUGAAGAAAAAGUUCAGGCAGACGUGGGCUAUGAAACGCAGUUGGGAUUUCAUCGACAAAAAGAGGAUCCGAAGCGUUGAAAGCAAAACCAAACAAGAAGUGGGCACAUGGAAGAACCAAUUGCAGUUGGAAGUUCAUUUUGGUGGAGCCGGGCUACCAGAAGCCGUUCGCCAAGCAAAUAAUUACAUCAUCAACUGCAAGACCUUUGAGGAUGUCUUCGUCCGGUUCAACACGUGGACUGAUGCUGAGAACUACCUGCUCGUGGAAAAGCUUGUGUCGAAGAUCGAGGUGGAAGCCUUCAAGGAGGUCGCUGAGAUGGUGGACGGCUCAGGGACUUUCCAAACGGAAAGCUUUCGCAUGAAGGCCAUGAGGAAGUUUGCGGUCUACCACAACUUGCAGCUCGAGGAAGUGAACUACGAUGAUGUCGCCAACAGCCCACAAGGACUUCGAGGUUGGGGUGAGAUGAACAUUGCGGUUCCGGGCAUUGCUGGCGAGGGCGGAGGCCAUGCAAGUCCUGUCGAGCCUGCGCCAACUCUCCCGCCUGUGGAUCCUGAAGGCGGCGAAGCUGGCGGUUUGACCAUUCCAAACAAACAGCAGCCUAAGGGCCGCGGAAAGGGGGGACCAAGGAAGAGAGGUGCCGACAAUAAGGACGCACCGGCCCCAAAGAGGAAGGUCAAGAAGGAGCUGACAGCUGAGCAAUCUGCUGAAGCCAGCUCCAAACAAAUCCUUACCCAUCUCCAGUGGAGCCAGCAAAUUAUGCAGAAGGUAGCUGGAGAUGGCGAUGACAUUCCUUCGGAAUACCGUUGGGCAAAGUCGUUCUUGGAAGACUACCGUGAUUGUCUCUCUAGGUUCAAGGAUGCUGUGGCUCCAUGUGGGGAUGGAGGGGAUGACUUGAUCGAGUUUGUGGAUGAGUUGAAGCUCUGCGUCAUCAGCAAGGGUGGGAUGAAGACUUUGAAAAAGGGGUAUGGUGAUCGCUAUGUCUCUAUGCUGUCCCUCUUUGUUGACCGGUGCCAGAAGAUUGCUGCUGAGAUGGAUUCCAUUUCGAACAAGGUUCACAAGAUGUCCCAGGUCUUGGUGGGUGCUCCAAAGCCUGCUAAGCGGGCCAGGAAGAGUUGA